AUGGAGACCUACAUGCGGGUGUUGGCACAUGUGGUGGGGUCCGUGGCCAUGGUGGUGGCCUCUAAGAUGUUCAGGAAGGUGUUCUUCUUCCUGGCAUCUCAGGCUUCCACCCAGGAGGUGGUGGAGAAGCUGCGUGAUCUCUAUAUCGAGGCGAUGGAAGAAGGAAAUCAUUCGGUGGUGAGUGAGUUCAUUCUCUCAGGUCUCUCAGACAGUGCAGAACUGCAAGUUCUUCUGUUUGUGUUGUUCCUACUAAUUUAUGUUACCACCCUGGUCUGUAAUGGGGGGAUGAUCUUCUUAAUCACAAUUGACCCACAACUACACACCCCCAUGUACUUUUUCCUCAGGAGUUUGUCUUUCUGUGAUCUCUGCUGUUCCACAGUAAUAGCCCCUAAAAUGCUGCAGACUUUCUUAGCUGAGAGGAAAAGCAUUUCGUACAUGGCUUGUGCUGUGCAAAUGUAUUGCUUUCUUGUCUGUGUAGAUGUUGAGAAUAUUGAGUGUCUCUUGCUGGCUGUGAUGGCGUAUGACCGUUAUGUGGCCAUCUGUAACCCCCUGCUCUAUAUGGUCACCAUGUCCAGGCAGCGUUGUAACCAGCUCGUAGCUGGGGUAUGUGCCGUGGGGUUUUUGGAUGCAAUGAUACUCACAUGUUGUACGUUUCGGCUGUCAUUCUGUAGCUCCAACAUCAUCCAUCAUUUCAGCUGUGACAUCCCCCCAUUGCUGGCGCUCUCUUGCUCUGACACCCGCAUCAUUGAAGUUAUGAUGUUUGCUUCUACUUGUUACAUAAUAGUGAUCAGCAGUGUGACCAUCCUCCUCUCCUAUGUCUACAUCAUCUCCGCCAUUCUGCAGAUCCACUCUGCCGAGGGCCGGUACAAAGCCUUCUCCACCUGCUCUUCUCACUUGUCCACGGUGGUCAUUUUUCAUGGCACUCUCAUUUUCAUGUCUCUCCGCCCAUCCUCCAGCUAUUCUAUGGACACAGACAAAAUAGCCUCAGUCUUCUACACGAUGGUUAUCCCCAUGUUGAAUCCCCUCAUCUACAGCUUGAGGAACAGGGAAGUGAAGGACGCCGUGAAGAAAGCCAUGAAUAACCUGUUAGUGAAUUCCUGA